AUGACAGUAACAGAUUAUUUAGCUUCUUUGGGAGAUAAUCCCUAUUUCGGUGCUGGAUUUGGACUAUUUGGCAUUGGUGCUGGAGCUGCUAUUUUAAGAAGAGGUUUGCAAGGUGCUGUCAUAUACUUUAAGAGAAACCAUAUGAUUACAUUAGAAGUUCCUUGUCGGGACAAAAGCUAUCAAUGGCUCCUCCAGUGGAUUACUAUUAAAGGUGCUAGGAAAACUCAACAUCUUAGUGUCGAAACCAGUUUUGAACAACAUGACACUGGCCUCAUAAAAACUAAAUACGACUUUAUUCCAAGUGUUGGAACACAUUUCUUUCGAUAUAAAGGAAAUUGGAUCAAGGUUGAAAGGACCAGGGAGCAACAUACAUUAGAUUUGCAUAUGGGUACGCCUUGGGAAACAGUAACACUGACUUCUCUUGGAAAAAAUAAGGAACUGUACUUUGAAAUAUUGGAGGAAGCUCGUCGAAUGGCCCUUACACGUAAUGAGGGGAAAACAGUUAUGUAUACUGCUAUGGGUCCUGAUUGGAGACCAUUUGGCCAUCCUCGUAAAAGAAGGCCUAUUGGUUCAGUUGUCCUCGAUAAAGGUAUCACUGAGAAACUUGUUGCCGAUGUUAGAGAUUUCUUAAGUGCUUCACAAUGGUAUGGAGACAGAGGAAUACCCUAUCGUAGAGGCUAUCUACUUUAUGGGCCCCCAGGUUGUGGAAAAUCGUCGUUCAUUACUGCAUUAGCUGGAGAAUUGAAUUUUGGAAUAUGUGUACUUAAUCUUAGUGAACGCGGGCUUACUGAUGAUCGCCUAAACCAUCUGCUUGCUGUGGCCCCACAAAAUUCAAUUAUACUUUUGGAGGAUAUUGAUGCAGCGUUUGCUAGCAGAGAAGAUAGUCCUAAAGUGGCCGCUGCCUACGAAGGACUCAACAGGUUGACUUUUUCUGGGCUUUUGAACUGCUUAGAUGGAGUUGCGAGUACUGAAGCUAGGAUUGUUUUCAUGACUACUAAUCAUUUAGAAAGGUUGGAUCCUGCUUUAGUAAGACCAGGGAGGGUAGAUCUGAAAGAGUACAUUGGGUAUUGUUCCAACCAUCAAUUAGAGCAGAUGUUCAAGAGAUUUUAUUUGACAGAUAAACCAGAACUGCCUUACCAAUUUGCCACUUCCGUGUUCAAGUUGUGUCCUAAUGUUAGCCCUGCCCAAGUACAAGGCUUUUUUAUGAGGCAUAAAAAAGAUAUGCCUGAAACAGUUUUAGCAUGCAUCAAUGAAAUAUUGGAGGAUGGAAAAUGA